AUGGUAGACGAACAGAACGCGGGUCAGAAUGAUGCCGACGAUUCCAUCUCUUCGAAGUCCUACAUGGAACCAGCUUCUAAAGAGCAAGCCUCGUUGUUGAAAAAGGCCAGACACUUUACCAAAGAUUGCUUGAUUGACUACAAAGAUAUCUUAGUCGAUCUCAAGAACUUUGAUGAAGUGAUUGAGGGAGCAACACUGCCAACUGAGAAUAUGAGGGCACAACGCUACGUUCUUCGAAGAUGGGCAAAACACGCAGGACUGCAUGGGGAGAGAAAAGAGCCUCUGAAGUACGACUUUUGCCUCGUCGAUGCGAAAAAUCAGGGUGCAAUUAUCCACACUCUUGAUGAUCUGAGGGUCCAUAUAUGCGGUCUCGAAUCGGUUAUUCGAGAAAAGCAAAGAUCGUUCGUAAGCCAGAGGGUCCAGCAAAUAGAAGGACUCAUCGAUAAUCUGGAACAAUUGGUCAAACCGCAUCCUACGAGCCGCACUAUCAAGACGAUUUAUCGGCUUUGCAUUAUCGCCUACGCUCAACUACUUCGUACUAUCAAAAAGGCUGAGAAAGACAACGAGGAGAAUAUCUCACGCGAAGCCAUCAUGGAAAAGUAUGAUGAUUUGACCGAAUGGGCGGAACAGACCAAGUUAAUCAGAGAUGACAACGCCUCUCUUGACUGCCAGGUUCAGAAUGACCCGGAAUUACACUCCCAGUUUAACAGGAAACUCUACGAGAUCGAAGAUACUCUAUUGUUAAUGGAAAAGUUCAUAUCAGGAGACUACGCUCCAGAUUCAGAUGACUCCGAUAUGGAAACGGCGAAUUCGAAAUAUCAGAAACUGAUGAAAGAGUUCGAAGCGAGUCUGGAGGUCCUUGCCGAGAGGAAUCGGUCUCUUUGGAGUCUUUGGGAGUCAAUGGCAGCGAUGGAACUUGGAGACCCAGGCUUAGAUGAAGAACACCUUGACAAGCUUCCGGACAGCGAUGAAAACGAGACCUCCGAUGAAAACGAUUCAAUCAAAACGCUUGCUCAAAGUUGCGUUCGGGACUACGUUACGGUCUACGAGGAGUUCAAAGCCGCCUCAGAUGGUUUGUUCUCGGCUUGGAUGAUGUUACAUAACAAAACAAGGUCUGAUGGGAAUAUCACGACGCUACAGAGUGCGACACUUGAUGCGAAGAAGGUGUACAUGGAGAAGAAUGCGUCACCUGGAUCUGUCUUACAGCAACUAAAGGUCUUCACCGACUGGGCCAAUCGAAAUGGUGUGUUCGAGAACGGUGAAGAUUCGCUUGCUCACAGGCUUCGGAAGCCUACUCCAAACUUGAAGGACCCGUUACCAAGCCAGCGCAUACUUUCUGAGCAGGGUGACAUCAUCAUGAAGCAAUUUCGAAAUACCAGGACGACUUUGGGCUUGAUGUCUGAGAUUUUGAUUGGAAAACGUAAGGCAGACGAAGACCUCACGGACUCGGGAUCAGACUCGGAAGAGGAUGUGUACGAUACGGGUAUGGAACCAACGCCCGAGCUCCGGCGGCACGUGGAUAACCUCAUAUAUUAUAACGAGAAGCUUCUCCAUAUGACGGAGACCCUUGGCGGCCCGGGCCCAAGUGUAGAGAACAGUUAUAAAGUUAUCGAGAGCGAUGGAGACGUUGUCGAACCAGAGCACUCUUACACCGGGAAUAGGGGAACAGGAAAGGCAUCCCAUUACAAGCUAGUAGUUAGAUGA